AUGAAGAAUAGACAACAACACAAUGUGCACAACAGAGCUCUCCUCCGCACCAGGAUCAUGGCUAAUGCGCUGCGCAGUGACGUCAUCAUGCUAGCUGAGACCACAGGACCCAGGACCAGAGGAGCCAAGAUCAGAGGAACCAGGACCCGAGGCAGAGACCAGAGGACCCAGGACCAGUGGAGCCGAGACCAGAGGAACCAGGACCAGAGGCAGAGACCAGAGGACCCAGGACCAGUGGAGCCGAGACCAGAGGAACCAGGAUCAGUGGAGCCGAGACCAGAGGAACCAGGAUCAGUGGAGCCGAGACCAGAGGAACCAGGACCAGAGGCAGAGACCAGAGGACGAGACCAGAGGAACCGAGACCAGAGGAGCCGAGACCAGAGGAGCCGAGACCAGAGGAACCGAGACCAGAGGAACCGAGACCAGAGGAACCGAGACCAGAGGAACCGAGACCAGAGGAACCGAGACCAGAGGAGCCGAGACCAGAGGAGCCGAGACCAGAGGAGCCGAGACCAGAGGAGCUGA